CUGCUGCUAGACAAGGGCGCCGAAAUCAACGCCCAGGGUAGACGUUAUGACAACGCACUCCAGACAGCUUCAUAUAGAGGCCACGAGGCGGUAGUGAGGCUACUGCUAGACAAGGGCGCCGAGGUCAACGCCCAGGGUGGAGACUACGGCAACGCACUCCAGGCGGCUUCAUAUAGAGGCUACGAGGCGGUGGUGAGGCUACUACUAGACAAGGGCGCCGAAAUCAACGCCCAGGGUGGAUACUUUGGCAACGCACUCCAGGCGGCUUCAUAUAGAGGCCACGAGGCGGUGGUGAGGCUGCUGCUAGACAAGGGCGCC